AUGUCAUCCACUGUCAUCCGGCCGUCUUGGCAAGGAUUUGCAAACCUGCAAUAUCUUGUAAUAUUUGGAGACUCUUAUUCAGAUGUGGGAUAUAACGCAUUGCUCUCCAACCAUCCGACUGUCGAGGACCCCCUUGGCGUUGAUUUUCCCGGUUACGGGUUUGUGGAGCCCGGGGCAGCGAAUUGGGUUGGCCAUCUAAUCACAAACUAUGCAAAUCAUAAGCCUUUACUGGUGUAUGAUUAUGCUGUGGGUGGCGAUGAUGUUUCUGGCGUUCGAAAGCAGGUGCAGGUGCGAUUUUUACCUCGGGUGGGUGAGAAACCUGACUGGGCCCCUUGGCUCGGAUCGAAUACCCUUUUCAUAACGUGGAUUGGAAUCAAUGAUUGUGGGUAUGCGGACGAUCGAACCGUCAGUGCUAGUAUCAAACAGCUUUUCAACGAGCAAGAAGAUCUGUACAAAGUUGGUGCACGGAAUUUUCUGUUCAUAGACGUUCCGCCAAUUCAUCGAACCCCAAUUGGUUUAACAUUGGCAAGAACUGAGCAAAGGAGUAGUGAUAUAUACGAAUUAUGGAACACUGAACUCCGCGAAGCUAUCAUACACUUCUCGACUGCUCACUCGGACGUGACUACCCUCCUUUUCUCAUCCUGGGCGACCUUUAUGCGGGUGCUAGACGACCCAAUGUCGCAUGGCUUUGAAGUAGAAGACGUUGUCAGAAAUGCGGGCAGGAUAUGGGUGGAUCAUUUGCAUCCAACGAGCAGGAUGCAUGACUGGAUUGCCCGUGAUUUGGCUGAAUUCUUGUCAGCUCAGCCUGCAUAUCUCGAGAAUGUAGACUGA